AAUGUGUAACAUGUGAUAUAUUCCAUUUAGCAGUGUGCCAUGAGUAAAUAAGUCUUUUCAGUAAGUACGAUGACUUGCCUGCAAUGUGUGAGUUUCAGUGGUUUGUCCUCGGUCAGGAAAAAACACAUCUUGCCAAUUAUCAAGUCCACGCAAAUUGAUAAAUCAGCUUGAAGACCACAUAUCAAUAAUACGCCAGACAUUUCUUUGCACAGUGUUAGGUAAACGCGCAACAUAAUAACAUGGAGUUAAUGAAAUUUAUUGCAGUUCUCCUGCUCAUAACAGUUACUGAAAUUAAUGCAACAAAGGUUCAGAAUGCAGAGGGAACUGACUCGAGCAAACAAAACUUUAAUCCAUUAGCGAGUUUAGUGCUAAACCAAAACAGCUCAGAGUCAACAAAAGAUUUGGUACGAGUGAAGCGGCAGUACUAUCCAGAUCCUUAUUAUUACGGGAGAGGUCCAUAUUACCCAGUACCAAUACCGAUAUUUGUGGGAGGCCUCGGAUUCGGAGGGUUUGGCAGAGGAUUUAGACGGGGUUUCGGCGGGCGUGGGUUCGGGGGCAGAGGGUUUGGCGGACGAGGGUUUGGCGGAAGAGGGUUUGGUGGAAGAGGGUUUGGCGGUAGAGGGUUUGGAGGAAGAGGUGGAUUUGGAGGCGGUCGCGGGGGCGGGCGGGGUUGAAAUCUAUAAGUAUUGACUUACGAGUUAAACUAAUCAUAGUUACCAUUUUAUAAUAAAGAUUAUCUCUCUAUUUA